AUGAUUGGAAGACUCAGCCAGCCACUGCUCAACACUUCGCAGAAGUUCAUGGCCCCGGCCUCCAGAACUCUGAUGCUUCACGAGCACCACGGAAUGAAAAUUCUGCAAAACUACGACAUCAAGGUGCCGCCAUUCGGAGUCGCCAAGGACGCCGACACCGCUCUCAACGAGGCCAAGAAAAUCGGAGGAAAGGACUACGUCGUGAAGGCUCAAGUGCUUGCGGGAGGACGUGGAAAGGGACGAUUCUCGUCGGGACUUCAAGGAGGAGUGCAGAUUGUGUUUACGUGCGUUGUGUUUGCAAUUCGCAAGUCAAUCAACUAAUUGAACCUUUUCAGACCAGAAGAGGUGCAGCAGAAGGCCGGCCUCAUGAUCGGAGCUCACUUAAUCACCAAGCAGACUGACCAGCGCGGAAAGAAGUGCGAGGAGGUAAGAUCGGCACUGAAAAUGAAUCGAAUGAGAGAAGGAGCGAGGGCUUUCACGUGGACUUAAAACGCAUUCCCUCACAUUCACGUGAAUGCCGCGUGUCUGACUACGUUCGGGCUGCUUUCUAUAUAGACCAAUUCUACCAAUGAUUAGAGAUGUUGCAAUGAUUUCUGAAGAUUCCGACAAUGACAAAUGGAACCCUUACAGGUCAUGGUGUGCAAGCGCCUGUUCACCCGUCGCGAGUACUAUUUCUCGAUCACCCUCGACAGAAACACCAACGGACCAAUCGUGAUCGCCUCUUCCCAAGGAGGAGUGAACAUAGAAGAGGUCGCCGCCACCAAUCCGGACGCCAUCGUCAAGUUGCCAAUCGAUAUCAACGUCGGAAUCACCCCAGCUAUCGCCCACGAUAUUGCAGUCAAGAUGGGAUUCUCGGUGCGGAAGCGAUCUCUAUGAUUGUCUUAAGAUGGUUUUGUUUUCAGAAGGAUUGUGAGGAGCAAGCCUCUCAUAUUAUUGAGAAGCUUUACAAGGUGUUCAGAGGAUCCGACGCCACGCUGGUCGAGAUCAACCCGAUGGCCGAGGAUGUGAACGGAGACGUCUAUUGCAUGGACUGCAAACUUCUCCUCGACUCGAACGCCGAGUUCCGUCAGCACAAUCUCUUUGAUCUCAAGGACAAGAAGCAGGAGGAUGAGCUCGAGGUAAGAGGGGCUAAUGAAACCGCCUGGAACUCCCUGCGGAGCCAUAAAACCAAAAGAUGCAGAAAGAAGAUGAGAGUGUACGGAAGCGGAAGUAAUUUGUGAGAAAGGAAUACAUUAUUGCGAAAUCUUGGAGAACAAAUAACCAAAUCAUCCUUUCAGAUCCGUGCUGCCGCUGCCAACCUCAACUACAUCCGCCUUGACGGAACCAUCGGAUGCAUGGUGAACGGAGCCGGACUUGCCAUGGCUACCAUGGAUAUCAUCAAGCUUCACGGUGGAGAGCCAGCCAACUUCCUCGACGUCGGAGGUGGUGCCACUGUCGAACAGGUCACGGAGGCCUUCAAGAUCAUCACCGCCGACAAGGACAAGGUUUCGGCGAUUCUCGUGAACAUCUUCGGAGGAAUCAUGAGAUGCGACGUUAUUGCUCAAGGAAUCAUCAAGGCUGCCAAGGAAUUGAACCUUAAAAUCCCGAUCGUCGUCAGAUUGCAAGGUUCGUAUGAGAAGGGUUUGGGACGGCAGCCGUUCAGAGAAAAUUUACGAUGUUGAUGCGAAACGUGCUGUUCUAAAAGGACGAAUGUUGGGAACAAGGAAACGUUGUCGAAAUGAUUACAUUGAGACGAGAAGAUCAGAUUUUGAUGUUUGAUUCUUUUCAGGAACGAAGGUCGAGGACGCGAAGGCGCUCAUCGCCACGUCUCAGCUCAGAAUCCUGCCGUGCGACAACCUCGACGAGGCCGCCAAGAUGGUCGUCAAGCUUUCGAACAUUGUGGAUCUUGCUCGCGCGACCAACGUUGAUGUCAAAUUUGAGCUUUCCAUCUAA